GGCGGCGCCAUUUUGUACUCAGAGCCUCUGCAGCCGGGGGCAGCGAGUGUAGGAGGUUCCGGAGCGGGGUUGGGAAGUCACGGAAGCGAGAAUGGCAGAACCUGUGACCGGGUCGGGCGACCCGGCUUUUAGUCCGGUCGCUUCGGAUAGUGGGAUGCGGCGGCUCAGCGACCUGCGGGUGAUCGACCUGAGGGCGGAGCUGAAGAAGCGGAACCUGGAUACAGGAGGCAACAAGAGUGUGUUGAUGGAGCGGCUGAAGAAGGCAUUUAAAGAGGAAGGACAAGAACCUGAGGAAGUCGGUAUCAGUUGGGGAGCUGUAAGCAAGAGGGCUAUAAAGAGAAACACCAAAGGGGCCAAGAUGGAGGAGGAGGGCGGUGAGGACACCGGCCUGGAGGAAGAUUCCAGAGAUGGGCAGGAUGAGACUGUGAUUCUUCAGAGUUCACAAGACAGGGACACUGUGGAUACAGGUGUGCCAGAUGGGAUGGAGGCUCAGGACCUCAGUGUGCCCUGCCUGGGGAAGGCCGACACCGACAAACAGUCUCUUGAUGCCUUUGAUGACAGUAAAGAGUACGUGGCCGCGCAGCUGGGACAGCUUCCAGCUCAGCUCCUGAAGCAUGCUGUGAAUGAGGAUGUCUUCAAGAACACUCUGGAAGCUUCCAUGUCAGACCUUAAAGUAACUAUGGCUGGUGAAGAAGCCCCGUUGGAACCAGAAAAUGAGAAAAUACUCGACAUUUUGGGGGAAACUUGUAAAUCUGAGCCAGUAAAAGAAGAAGGUUCGGAGCUGGAGCAGCCCUUUGCCCAGGCCACGAGUAGCGUGGGGCCAGACAGGAAGCUGGCGGAGGAAGAGGACCUAUUUGAGAGCUGCGGCCACCCGGAAGAGGAAGAAGAAGAGGAGGAAGAAGAGGAGCAGGAAGAGGAGCAGGAGGAGGAGGGAGAUUUAGCUUUGGCCAGCAGCAGCAAGUCUGAGUCUUCAAGCACUCGAUGUCAGUGGAGCGAGGCAGACGCCCUGUUAGCAGUAGUGAAAAGGGAGCCGGCAGAGGCGCCUGGUGGAGGCGGAGGUACUCAGCACUGGCGGAAGCGAAAGCGAAGGCGGAAGCAUCAGGCAGAGGCAGAAGCUCUGGGCACGGGUGGAGGUACCUGGAUGAACCGCGAGCCUGUAGGGCUAGAGGAGCCAGUUGAACAGAGUAGCACGGCUGCCCAGCUCCCGGAGGCCACCAGCCAGGAGCUGGUGCGAGCGCCCACGGCAGCCCCGAGCCCUGAGCCCCGAGAUAGCAAAGACGACGUGAAGAAGUUUGCUUUUGACGCUUGUAAUGACGUCCCUGCGGCUCCUAAAGAGUCCUCAGCCAGUGAGGGUGCUGAUCAGAAAAUGAGCUUUGUUAAGGAAGAACAGGAUAUAAAGCCAGUCAUUAAAGACGAGAAAGGCCGUGCCAGCUGUAGCUCAGGAAGGAACCUGUGGGUCAGUGGACUGUCCUCCAGCACACGUGCUGCUGAUCUCAAGAGCCUCUUCAGCAAGCAUGGGAAGGUCAUUGGAGCCAAGGUGGUUACCAAUGCCCGCAGUCCUGGAGCUCGAUGCUAUGGAUUUGUGACCAUGUCCAUGUCAGAUGAGGCCACCAAAUGCAUCAACCACCUGCACAGAACAGAACUGCAUGGAAGGAUGAUCUCUGUGGAGAAGGCCAAAAAUGAGCCCUCUGAGAAGAAGUCAGCAGACAGGAGAGCUUGUGACCAAAAGGAGAAGGUGCCAGGGCCAGACAGGCCUCACCCUGUGAAGAUCAAGAUGGAGAAAACUGUGAUCAAAAAGGAAGAGAAACUGGAAAGAAAGGAAGAGAAAGGGCCAGAGGACAUUAAGAAGGAGAAGGAUCAAGAUGAGCUUCCACCAGGAACCGCCAGUCAUUCUCGAGUAACCAAAUCAGGAAGCAGAUGCACGGAGCGUACAGUCGUGAUGGACAAGUCCAAGGGCGAGCCCGUCAUCAGUGUGAAGGCCACAAGCAGGUCAAAGGACAGAAGCUCCAAAAGUCAAGACCGAAAGUCAGAGGGCAGGGAGAAGAGAGACAUAUUGUCAUUUGACAAGAUCAAGGAGCAGCGGGAGCGGGAGCGCCAGAGGCAGAGGGAGCGUGAAAUCCGGGAGACCGAGCGGCGACGGGAGCGGGAGCAGCGAGAGCGGGAGCAGCGUCUGGAUGCCUUCCAGGAGCGGCGGGAGAAGGCUCGUUUGCAGCGAGAACGGCUGCAGCUCCAAUGCCAGCGGCAGCGUCUAGAAAGGGAGCGGCUGGAGAGGGAGAGACUGGAGAGGGAGCGCAUGCGAGUGGAGCGUGAAAGGCGCAAGGAACAGCAGCGCAUUAUGCGUGAGCGUGAGGAGCUGCGACGGCAGCAAGAGCAGCUGCGGGCUGAGCAGGAACGGCGAGCAUUGCGCAGAGCCUACAACCUGGAUGCUAGGAGAGAUGAUGGCUACUGGCCAGAAGGGAAGCGUGCAGCCAUGGAAGACAGAUAUCGAGACUUUCCAAGGCCAGAUCACCGUUUCCAUGACUUCGAUCACCGGGAACGGGGUCAUUACCAGGAGCAUGUUAUAGACAGGAGGGAUGGGUCCAGACCCAGAAUGGAAGAGCGGGAUGGGCCGUACUACCCAGAUGACCAGCACAGCCAUGGAAGGCCUCUGGAGCACCAUGGUUGGGACGCCCGAGACGGCUGGCAUGGCUACAGCUCUGACAAGAAGUUGAAUGAAGGCCUAGGGCUACCCCCUCCCCCCAGGGUCAGCCGAGAAUGGGCAGAGCACAGCUCACAGUUGGAGGAGCAGCAGGUUCCUGUCUGGCACAACGCUGUGGACACAAACAUGACGGGCCAUGAACACAUACGGUGGCGAGGUGCUGAGCGGGGCCUUACAGGACCUGGGCAUGGGCAUGUGGCAGCAGGCCGGGGUGGCAUGGCUGGGCAAGGCAGCUUUGCACACGGUGAACAUUCCCAGGGCCAUAUUAUGCCUAGUGGUAGACUGGAAGGUGGUGGCGUGGCCAGCCAGGACCAGGGUGGCCGAAUUCCCAACUCCCACCCUCACCCCCACUUCACCCGCCGCUACUGAACCCUGCUCUGGACCAAAUUCUGCUGCUGCAAGUAGGCAGAAACUGCAGCCCCAGCCACCUCCUACUUGUGGCACUGCUAGCAGUCACGGGUUCUGCCAACCGUUGAUGUGAACUCAGUCUCCUGGUGUUUUUAAUAAACACAGUCCUAUUCUGCCGUUUGUAAGACAA